GAAAAUCUACUCAUGUGUUGGCAUCAUGUGUGCUCUGUGCUCACAAGCAGUAAGGAUAUCCAUGUACUCCAAGUGAAAGACACUAAUCUCAAUGAAACAGCCUUUUUGGUCUUGUAUAGUCAUCUAAAGUACCCCAGAUGCACCCUUAAAGUACUUGUGGUAAAUAAUGUGACUUUACUCUGUGAUAACCGCCUGUUCUUUGAGUUGAUUCAGAACCAGUGUUUGCAGCACUUGAACCUCAGCCUCACAUUCCUGUCCCACAGUGAUGUGAAACUGUUGUGUGAGGUCUUGAACCAGGCAGAGUGCAACAUAGAAAAGCUGAUGAUAGCAGCCUGUAACAUUUCACCUGAUGAUUGCAAGGUCUUUGCCUCCGUCCUGAUCAGCAGCAAGAUGUUGAAUUAUCUUAAUUUGUCAUCUAACAACUUGGACAAAGGGAUAUCCUCUCUGUCCAAGGCUUUGUGCCACCCAGACUGCGUUCUGAAGCACUUGGUGUUAGCCAAAUGUUCCCUCAGUGAGGAAUGUUGGCACUACCUUUCAGAAGUUCUUAGGCGGAACAAAACCCUGAACCACCUAGACAUCAGCUCCAAUGACCUGAAGGAUGAAGGGCUAAAGGUUCUCUGUGGGGCUCUNACUCUCCCAGACAGUGUCCUGAAGUCACUAAGUGUGAGAUACUGUCUCAUCACCACUAGUGGUUGCCAGGACCUGGCUGAAGUCUUGAGGAACAACCAGAACCUGAGNAACCUACAGGUUUCAAACAAUAAGCUAGAAGACGCUGGUGUGAAGCUCCUGUGUGAUGCUAUAAAACAUCCCANCUGCCACUUAGAGAAUAUUGGAUUGGAAGCCUGCGCACUAACUGGUGCCUGCUGUGAGGACCUUGCUUCUGCUUUCACCCACUGUAAGACCCUGUGGGGCAUCAACCUGCUGGAGAACGCCUUGGACCACAGUGGAUUGGUUGCAUUGUUUGAGGCUCUGAGACAGCAACAGUGUACCCUGCAUGUACUUGGACUUCGAAUUACUGACUUUGAUAAGGAAACCCAGGAGUUCCUGAUUGCUGAGGAAGAGAAAAACCCAUACUUGAGCAUCCUAAGCAGUGUGUGAGGCAAACAGGGGUGGACGUUCUGGUGCAAAGAACCUGGCUGGAUUCUGACCUCAGACUACCUCGAACUACCUCCAAAAGAAAGAGAGCAGGAUCCUUAAUUUGACCCAUUGUAUACAAAAAUUACAGGUCACUAACAUGCCAAUGAGAUGUAGUUUCUUUACCCUCGCCCCUCCCCACUCAGAUGUGAUUUGCAAAAUGGAUGUGGCUUUUUGUUUGCACUAUAGAUUCAAACAGGCCAAUUCAAAUGAUGGUAAAAUGACUGCCUUAUAAUAAGUUUUUCCCACACUGGUAUUCUGAGCAUCCAAUAAAGCCUGUAAGUGUAUCUUUACUUUUAAAGAUAAAAGUAUCUUUAGAAAUCUCUUAAGAUGAGAUUUGCCUGUUGGUGGAUUACUGGACCUAUAGUGUCGGUCCAGGCAAUAAUGGUGCCCCAGAAAGUUGUUAGGGAAAUGGAUAAUGGUUGGGGACAUGAUAAUGGAAACUGUUGCUGUUUUGUGCUUUUUAUUAAAUAAUAAAUUUAGGCAUGUUCUA